CGAGUCUGAAAGUUAUUAAUGUAGAACCCCGGCGCUAGGGUGCCGCGCUGAUAUACGUGCGCGCUCCCGCCCGCCGGACCUCACCGUCCCUUGCUCCUACGUACAAAUAGAGCGAAGGGGGAGGGGAAGUGUUGAUAGGAUUAUGCCGAGCCAGGCCUGGGCUGCCUCUACGCCAGACAGAGCCCUGAGUCCUGAUCUUGUUCCGGCAACGGUGGCCGCUGCGGAUAUGGCCGAAUCCUUGCCGGUCUCCAAUUCUCCUUUGGGCGCCGGCAGCGUUUCUUUGCCGCUGAUUGAAUCAGAACUAUACUUCCUUAUAGCUCGGUUCUUGACUACCGGGCCUUGCAGGAGAACAGCAGAGGUGCUGGUACAAGAACUGGAAGAGCACCAGUUACUUCCUAAAAGAUUGGAUUGGCAAGGAAACGAGCAUUGCAGAAGUUAUGAAGACUUGGUCUUAUCUAACAAACAUGUGGCUCCUGAUCACUUGCUGCAAAUUUGCAAGCGGAUUGGCCCUAUACUGGAUAAAGAGAUUCCACCCAGCAUUCCGAGAGUGAACUCAUUAUUGGGUGCAGGCAAGCAGUCCUUACUGCGAACAGCUAAAGAUUGCAGAAAUACAGUAUGGAAGGGCUCAGUCAUUGCUGCUCUUCAUAGAGGAAGACCCCCUGAAAUGCCUGUUAAUUGUGGUAAACCACCAAAUCUUGUGGAAGUAAAUUAUGCAAAGCAGUUGACUGGAUGUACAAGACCCAGUUCUUUAUUCCCAGGAAACAUGUAUCAGCAUAUAAAGAUGCACAGAAGAAUACUUGGUCAUCUCUCUGCAGUUUACUGUGUGGCAUUUGAUAGGACUGGACACCGGAUAUUCACUGGGUCAGAUGACUGUUUGGUAAAGAUUUGGUCCACACAUAAUGGCCGGUUACUUGCUACACUGAGAGGCCACUCAGCAGAGAUAUCUGAUAUGGCUGUGAACUAUGAAAACACAAUGAUUGCUGCUGGUAGUUGUGAUAAAAUUAUCAGAGUCUGGUGCCUCAGAACAUGUGCUCCAAUUGCUGUUCUGCAAGGACACACAGGAUCAAUUACAUCUUUGCAGUUUAGCCCGUUGGUCAAAGACUCCAUGCGAUACAUGGCUUCUACAGGUGUAGAUGGAACAAUUUGCUUCUGGCAAUGGGAUACCAUUUCUAUGAAAUUCAAUAACCGGCCACUGAAAUUCACAGAAAAACCUAGACCUGGAGUUCAAAUGCUUUGUUCUUCAUUUAGUGUUGGUGGGAUGUUCUUAGCAACUGGAAGUACUGAUCAUAUUAUCAGAAUGUAUUAUUUUGGUUCUGAAAUACCUGAAAAAAUUGCACAGCUGCAGAGCCAUGCAGACAAAGUUGAUAGCAUUCAAUUUUCUAAUAAUGAUGACAGGUUCAUAAGUGGUAGCAGAGAUGGAACAGCCCGAAUCUGGCGAUUCCAGCAAGCUGAGUGGAAAAGCAUUUUGUUGGACAUGGCUGACAAGUUAUCUGGUGAUUCGUGUUCAGAAGAAGACAGAUUUAUGAAGCCCAAAGUGACCAUGAUAGCUUGGAGUCAAAAUGAUAAAUUGGUAGUUACUGCUGUGAACAAUCAUCUGCUGAAAGUGUGGAAUUCUUAUACUGGGCAGCUGCUUCAUGAUCUCACGGGACAUGUAGAUGAAGUGUUUGUUGUGGAACCCCACCCAUUUGAUUCAAGAAUAAUGUUGUCUGCAGGCCAUGAUGGGAAUAUCUUUAUAUGGGAUAUAACAAAAGGCAUUCAAAUGAAACAUUAUUUUAACAUAAUUGAAGGACAAGGACAUGGUGCUGUGUUUGAUUGCAAGUUUUCUUCAGAUGGACAACAUUUUGCCUGUACAGAUUCUCAUGGACAUCUCUUGAUAUUUGACUUUGGUUGUAACAAACCUUAUGAAAAGAUUCCUGAUCAGAUGUUCUUCCACACUGACUACCGACCACUGAUUCGAGAUUCUAACAAUUAUGUCCUAGAUGAGCAGACACAACAGGCUCCUCACCUCAUGCCCCCACCAUUCUUAGUAGAUGUGGAUGGAAACCCUCAUCCAACAAAAUACCAGCGGUUGGUACCAGGAAGAGAGAAUUGUGCAGAUGAGCAUCUGAUUCCUCAGCUGGGAUAUGUAGCAACAAGUGAUGGAGAGGUCGUAGAGCAAGUAAUAGGUCAACAAACUGCUGACCAGGAUGAACAAGGUUUGGAGCCUAGCAUAUUGGAUGGCAUGAUUAGACAUUUACAGCAACAGCAAGACCAAAGAGCUGGCACAGAUCAAGACAUUCUUCCCCCUGGGCCACAAAAUGGAGAAGAAACGUCUAGAAGAGAUUUCCGCAGACCAAGUUCUGAUAUCCAGUCUCCUCCUAAUAUUGGCCUGAGACGUAGUGGUCAAGUUGAAGGUGUGCGUCAGAUGCAUCAGAAUGCUCCAAGGAGUCAGAUUGCUACAGAGAGAGACCUCCAGGCUUGGAGACGGAGAGUAGUUGUUCCAGAAGUAACAUCCAGUAUGCUCAGAAAUCAAGAGGAGUAUAGGGUUGCAAAAGGCAAAGAAGAGAAGUGCGUGUAUACUAUGGAACAGAAAAUGAGGUUGCUUCAGUCUUCAGAAAAGAGUGAUUCAGAAGAUUCACUGAUACAAUCCAAGAGAAGGCUUUAUAGACGUAAAUAUGCAUCAUAUCAAGCACGGAAUAACAUUGAACAAUCUGAUUCUUCUAGUGAAGAUGUGGAUGACUGUUUUGGACUUAUUGAACAGGAGGCAGAAGAAAGUGAUAAGUUGAGUUUGUCUUCCCAUGAGGAGCAAUGGAAGAGUGGCAGCAAAACAAACAGUAAUAGUUCCAGUGACUCAUCAAGCGAGUAUUCUGAUUGGAUUGCUGAUGCAGGGAUUAACCUACAGCCUCCUAAAAGAAGUUCUCGGCGCAAAACUGUUAGAUAUUGUAGUUCUUCUGAAGAUGCAGCAUCACUGGAAAAAAUGUCUCCACCAAAGAGAAGGAAAAAAAGAUGGAAAAAAUACAAACCAAAAAGGCAUGAGGAGGAUGCACAAGUGAAUGCACCCCAACCAUCGGUAGCCCUAGAACUGUCCUUUGAGUUUCAGCCUCCUGACUGGAUAACAGACAUCAGACUCCGAAGGUCUCCUUUUGUCCCGCAAAUGGGUGAUGAGGUGAUAUAUUUUCGGCAAGGCCAUGAAGCUUAUAUUGAAGCAGUGAGGAAAAACCAUAUUUACAAACUGAAUCCUCACAAGGAACCAUGGAGAAAAAUGGUUCUUAGGGAACAAGAAUUGGUAAAAAUUGUUGGGAUACGUUAUGAAGUUGGGCCUCCUACACUGUGCUGCCUUAAGCUUACCCUUAUGGAUCAUGUUACAGGACAACUUCUGGACAAAUCAUUUUCCCUCAAAUACCAUGACAUGCCAGAUGUUAUUGACUUCCUUGUGUUACGUCAGUUCUAUGAUGAAGCACGACAAAGGAACUGGCAACCUAAUGAUCGCUUUCGUUCAAUUAUUGAUGAUGCUUGGUGGUUUGGAACAGUUCUGAGUCAAGAGCCGUAUCAGCCACAAUAUCCUGACAGCCCUUUUCAGUGUUACAGUGUUAAGUGGGACAAUGGCGAAACUGAAAGACUCAGCCCAUGGGACAUGGAACCUAUUCCAGAGAAUGUAGUUGAUCAGCCGGUGGAAUUGGGAGCUAGUGUUUCUGUGACUGCUGAAGAGAUGGCAAAACUAUUAUACAAACCUCAAAAGGGAGAAUGGCAGGGAAGAUCCCAAGGUGAAGAAUGUGAACGGAUUAUCACUGGAAUUGAUCAGCUUUUCACACUAGAUAUUUCAGCAGCAUUUGCUGGCCCAGUUGAUCUGAAUAGGUAUCCAAAGUAUAGUACAGUAAUAGCUUAUCCAACAGACCUUUGGACAAUCCGAAUGAGACUUGUCAACCAGUUUUACAGGAGGCUCUCUGCACUGAUUUGGGAAGUGAGAUGUAUUGAGAGCAAUGCUCGGACCUUCAAUGAACCCAACAGCGCUAUUGCUAGGUCUGCUCAGAAAAUCACAGAUCAGCUCUUAGAAUUCAUUAGGAAUCCAAAUUGUACAGAUAUUUUUGAGUUGUGCAUUGCAACUAACAAUGAGGACUGCAUUGAUCCUGAUGAUCUGGAUGAUGAAGAGACGUAUAUGCCCAGAACACCUUCUAGAAAAAGACAGGUCUUGAAGAGGAAAAUGAUUGUGAAACCCAGCUAUGAUGAAAACAGUUGGAAGAAGCAAUGCAUGGAACUUGUAAAUCUGAUUUUCCAGUGUGAAGAUUCUGAGCCAUUUAGACAACCUGUUGACCUGGAUCAAUAUCCUGACUACCGGGAAAUUAUAGACACACCGAUGGACUUGGGCACAGUGAAGGAGACAUUAGAAGCUGGAAACUAUGACACUCCAAUGGAGCUUUGCAAAGAUAUUAGAUUAAUAUUUUGCAAUGCUAAAGCAUAUACUCCAAACAAAAGAUCCAAGAUAUAUAGCAUGACAUUGAGGUUGUCUGCACUCAUUGAGGAAAAAAUGAGAAGAAUUAUCUCUGACUUUAGAACUGGACAUAAAUACAAUCGAAGAUUACGGAGAAGUCACAGGCACAAUAGGAAGUUGCAAAGUCAAAAUAAAACACUACAGCACUCUGCCAAAACACUUAGAAAUGGAAAGCAGAAGCAGUGUCAAUCUCAGGCAAAAAAUCAAUCUGAGCCAGAAGACUCUUCUAACCAGAAUACCUCAAGCAGAAAGUUCUGUGAUACAAGCCAUAAAAUGUAUACUGGCAGCUCCAGCCGCAGCAUUGCUGACAUAUCUUCUGAUUCCACCUCUGCCUCGUCAUUUGGGAAAAAUGCACGCACAAGAAGCACAGCUGUAGUGCGCAGUUCCACAUUGUCAGAAAGUGAGCUGGACCACUCAACAACUGCUUCAUCUUCAAGUAGUUCAGAGGAAAGCAAAGAAAGUUCUGCAGAAAUCUCAUCUCCUAUAUUACAUAAUGGAACAUCCAGGAAAAAGAGAUGUAACUUCAGGAUUACUAGAAACAGGGUGUAUCAACAAAAGCAAAUGGUUUCUCAAGAGAAUGGAAGUAGCCAAAGAACUACCAGGAGACAAAUAUCUGAAAGAGAAGCUGAUAAUUCAGAGGAGCUUCGUGAGAUUUUGAGCAACAGAUCUAGAAGGCACAGAAAAAUUCCACGUAGAAGUGCUGCUGUGGCAGCUAAUAAAUUAAAACUGAUGAGUGAUGUAGAAGAGGAGCUCUCAAGCUCAGAAAGUGUUGGUAUUGGAAGCAAAAACAGAAAACUGCCUCAUCGCAGUGCUUCUGCUGCAGCCAGAAAAGUAUUACUAAAUGACUCGGAGGAAAGUUCCAUACAGUCUGAAAGUGACACAGAAGUAGAAGAAUUUGACAGAAGGAAAAUGUCCAGAACUGGUUCAGGUGCUGUUGCUGUUCAAAAAAAGCAUGCUAGUGAAUCUGAAAGUGGGAGCUCAAAUUCUGAAAAUGGCAGGCAAAAAAUACUAAACAGCUGUUGUGAUAAUAGUCAAAAGCAGCCAUGCAGAGCUACCCAGUCUAUGUCUCCCAAAAUAAAACUCCCUGUUGAAUUCUCAGAUGAUGACUCCAAAAGCCAUGUAUCAGAGGAUGGGAGCACUCAAAAAACUUCUUAUCAGUUACCUUUUGCAUUCAAAAGUAAUACCAGGAACAUCUCUGAUGCAGAUUCUGAGCCAGACAAAUGCAGUGGUUUAGAAAAACAGACUUGUAAAAGAGCAUCAACUCAUUUCAGGAAAGCUAAAGUACUGAGUGACUCGGAGGAAGAAUUGGAGUCAAGGAAAGAGGAAAAGUGCACUAAUUUUUCAGAGAGCAGGGGUUUUUCUAAGACUUCAAGACUACCCAAAGAUAGCUCCAAGUCUUUGUCUGAUUUGGAGUCUGGAACCAAUAGUAGUAACUCAACAAAAAGAAGAAAAAGGGAAAUCAGAAAAGAACGUGUCAUGCAAGAGAAUGGAUGUAGAAGAUCUGCCAGGAAAAGACUGCAUGAAAGCGAUGCUCAAAAAGAAGAGGGAGCUUACAGAACAAAAAAUACUGACCAUCAUGGUUACCAAAGAUUACCACGUAGAAGUGCUACUCUGGCAGUUAAUAAACUGAAGCUCCUGAAUGAUGUGGAAGAUCUUUCAAACUCAGAAGGCAGAGGCUUUGAGAGCAAUAAUGGAAAACUGAGCCAUCACAGUGUAGCUUCUACAACUAGGAGGUUAAGCAGUUCAGGGGGUGGAGGCCAACCAUCUGGGGAAAAAAAUGGACGAUAUAGCAGAAGAAAGCGCAUUCAGGCUGUUUCUGCUAGGAGGUACAAUAGUGAAUCUGAAAAUAGUUCAGAUUCUGAAAGGACUUUAAGAAGGAACAGACGCGUUAAAGCCCAUGAGCGUCAGCGUAGAACUGCCAAUGAUGAAUCCCCUAAUAUAAAACCCAGGGUGGAAGUUUCAGAAAGGAAUCCCAAAAGCCAUAUGUCAAAGGACAGGAGUCUUGAAAAACUUUCUACAUAUUUGCAUAGUAUUGUAGCAAGUUCUGAAUCUGAACUUGAUGCUGAGUUAGACCAAAACAGUGGUAAAUCUAAGAAGCAGCACAACUCCUGGAAAACUGCAGAUUCUCUCAGUAAGUCAAAAGCCAAAAAUCACAUCAGAACCACAACAGAAUUGGAUGCAGAACAUACAGGGGAUGGAAUAAGCUCUCUGCCAGUCAUCAAGGAACCUUCAAGAAAGCUAAAGUCUAAAUGCACUGCAGACUCCAGUUGCCCUUCUCAUCUGGACACUGAAUUGUAUUCCAAUAGAAGUAAUUGCAGUGAUGACACAAUAGAGCAACACAAGAAAAAGAAGGGGAAAGUGGAAUCUAUUAAGAAAGAAUCAACCCAAGUGGUGAGGCAAAGUCCAGUAGUACUCAGAAAUAGGAAAAAAUGCAAGAAUUAUGCAGAAUUGAAUAGUGAAACAAAAAAUCCCAAAAUUCUUAAUGGAAAGAAAACUCCACGUCGUAGUGCUACUGUGGCUGCAAAUAAAAUCAAGCUAAUUAAUGAUGCAAAGGAAGAGUUCUCAGGUUCAGAAGUUGGGUACACUAGAAACAAGUACAGAAAAUUGCCACACCGCAAUGCCUCUGCCGCUGCCAGAAAGAUGAUUCUGGAUGAUGCACCUUCGCUGUCUGAAAGUGAAACAGAACUAAAGGAAUGGGAGCUCAAGGAAAAACAGUUUCAGCAUCGUUCUUACAGAACUAAAAAAUCUAAUAGAGAACUAGAACAGAAAAAUCUGGUUUCUGAAGCAGAGAGUGUGACAGAACAAAAAAGCAGACACAGCAAGAACCCAAGACGACAAUCUCUCAGAACUGUGCAUCAAAUAUUUCCUAAAAGGAAAAAACUUGCGGUAGAAUUCUCCGAAGAGGAAUCCUCUAGUAGUGUCCUGUCUGAGGAGCAAAGAGAUUCAAGCCAGUCACUGCUUCCAGAUAACCAUGAUGUUUCUGAACUGGAAAAAGGGGAUAGUGAUAAACCUGUAAGGAGUGCAGCAGAGAAUGGAAAAAGAGAAAGAAGGCCAGGAAGAAGUGCUUUGUCAAAGCAACCUGGAACUUCAAGGAGCUCAAAAUCUGAACCUGAUGGCAGUUCCAAUUACUCUUCUGGUUCAGAAUCUCAAACGGACUCCAAAAAUACUGGCAAUAGUAGAAAAAGCAAGACAAAAAAGAGGAAAAGGGAAGCCAUAGAUAAGACUUUAAAUGAUGGCUUUUCUGAACCUUCCAGAAUACCCCAGAGAAGAAAGCGGCUAAAGCUGAAUGAUGAAAACGAUUCUGAGGAAUGUGAUUAUACCAAGUAUAAAAGAGGGAAUCGACGUUCCAAAAUCAGAACUAGGAAUGGGGGCAGGAGAACUGUGAGAUAUGCAGAUGAGGAAGAUGAUUGUGAAAUGUAAACUUGACAGGAAGUUCUAGCCUAUUUUCCUUUUGCUAGUGAUACAAGUAACAUGUUGGUUCUUCUCUUCCUAUAAUUCAGGGAAUAUAUUUAUAUUUUUCUAUGAAAAAGUUAAAUGUGGAGGUUCUCCUUUUCGUAAUAUGACUUGCACAUGCCUGACUGUAUAGCAGCAUUUAGCACAUAUGCCAAAAUGUGCCUCAUUGUAGGGGCAAUUUUUUUUCUUUAAUGAUAUUUUGCUAAAUAAAGUAAACAGUGGGAGGGGGCUGAAUAAAAGGUUAAGCAGCAUACAGCUUAGAAAGUUGUAUGUUUAAAUAGUAUUAUGGUGCUGCAAAGAGACACUAACUAGAUUUUACUACAUUGGUGUGCUUAAAGAACAGAUGAAUCUGAAAAACCUGGUGUUUGAGAAUGCAUGUAUCAGUAACAGACUAGUCUCUCACACUACGUAUUAUAAACAACUCAAAGUGGAUACUGAUUUAAAAACACACAUCAGGUAUGAUAAAUAGUUACCAAUUGUAACAACUUGAUAAAAUGAGUGGUGCUAGAGAUUUCUGAACAACAGCUUGAACUAUUUGGUAAUUAAGAACAAAAUACUUACUGAUUUCAUAAAUAUGUGGAUAAAAGACUUUGCUGCCAGAUACAACUUUUGAAUAUGUGGCUUCCAUACUGUAAAUUUGAGACCAUUAGAAUACAGGUGACCACUUGGGCCUAAGAUUUUUCUUUGUGUGUGGAUGUUUUGUUACAAACAAGCAAAAAUAUCAGUAAAACUUGUGCUUUGUGAUUUUUCCUCAGAAUGGAUUAAAACUUUGAUGCUCAGAGUGCUGGUAUUUAAGGUCUUUUGCUAACGUUUGAUUCCUGAUUCCUUAAGAUUUAUUUAGUUCAUUGAUGCACUUAAGCCACCCCACCUCUUUAUUUUUUUCAAACUAAAGCACCUUCAUGUUGGUGGUGUUUAGGCUGACGCUGUUGAAAACAAAAGUAAUUUCACUUCAUUGUUGCAUAUAAAGAAUGGGAGUAUAUAAUAAUGUAGAACUGCUUAAUGAUGAGACGUAUGAAAUUUCCUUUUAAAAAAUACCACCCCAUUUUUGGUUUACCUUCUCUAGGAGUGUAUGUUGUUUAAACAUCCUCCCCUUCCUGGGGAUGAUCUGUUUGCUUUGUGUGAUGCUAUUUGUUCUAAAUCUGUGAAAAUUCUACAUUAACUAUACCGGGUAUUUAAUUUAUCUCUGUGGGUCUCUUGAAAUUUUAUUUUGAGAACUAUUAAUUCAGGGUGUUUUGUUUUUUUAAAAGGAACAAAACCCUGAACUCUACUAUUUUAGAAAGUUGGUUUUGUCUUCCAUGUCUUUUCAAGGUAAAACUCUCCGGAUAACAUGGUUUGUCUAUUAAUAAAACUGCUAGUAAUCAAAGUUCUUUAUUUUUGUAUGUUAGAAAAUGUGCUUGAUAUGGAUAAAAUUGCACAUUUCUGUAUUUAAAUGAAGCUGCUUUGGAGUAGGUUUGUUUGUUUAGGAGCCUUGGAAGUAUACAUUUGUUUCCAAAGUAAACAAUGGUGAAAUGAUAAAGGGAAGCCCUUAGAUUCCUGUAAUCUUAAGUGCACUGCUUUGUAAAAUGGUUUUUUACUUGCAAUUCUGGACUAAAAAGUGAAUUUCAGUUGCUUGUCUUCAAUGUGUUAUAGUAAACUAAUACAACAUGAAACAAAGUUUCAAUCAAAACGUAUUUCAAAUAUCAGAAUGGAGACUGAAUUUGCCUCUUGGCAUACACCAAGUGGAAUGUUCCCAAAUAAAAGUAAAAAUGGGCAUUAACAAAAAACAUAGGUAAUGGUUGCACAUUACAUUAAAAAGUGAGGGAAAGUGCUCUUCUGCAGUCCCAAAGGGAUGCUGUACUCUUUCUACACUGUAGAGCAUUCUUUUAUGUUGAUAUUUAAACUUUCAAAUGGUGUUCACUCAGCCCUUGAAAUGAAGCCACAGCCUGCCUACACCUUGUAAUGUUCCUCCCCUGGUACCACCUGUCAGGCUCCCACCCGUGGCUCCCACCAGGGAGAAACGUAGUUUUUAUUUUUCUUUAGCUCACCCUAGCACAGAUCUCACAAGAUCCCACUGCUAGGCAGCACCACCAGCCACUCCCUGUAAACAAUACUGCUAGAGACUUCUCCUUGUCUCCCUAUGGCUUAUUGUUACUUUGUGUCUGGGUGCCCUUGCUGUCCACAACCCACCUGUAUCUUUGUCUAUAAAGCAUACAGCCCUGGGUUGCCCUGGAUACUUGAUGAUACACUAUCUCUUCACUACUGCCACCAUUUGAUACUGUUUCUCCGCCUUGGUAAAUACCCUGCCCUCCCUUCUGGUCUGUGAAUCCCUAGCCAAGGAUCAGGCUUUAGGUAAACCAAUAAAAGUAUUUAUUUGAUAACACCAGGAAAUAACAAGAUUACUUUAGGAAUGUUCAACAAGCAUAUGGUUUCAUAUAGUGUCACUCUUUAUGUUUCCAGUCUUAUAUAUUCUGUCUGAAUACCAGCCAAAUAUAAUCCAACCCACAACCAACUCCAAUCCACACUCCACAACCAAUCGCCAACAACUCCCCCGGACUCAACUGUCAUCCUCUCAUUUAUACCUUCAGCCAUUCAAACACUCAGCCAAUCAUCAUCCAACAUUCUCCAGCAUUCUAGCCCAUGUACUCCCCCCUCUUACUCAGUCACUUACCAUAUAUCACUUAAUAAACCCGCACUUACCAUAUUUACAGAUAUUAAAAUACAGAGACAUCACACAGCUCUCAAAGACUAAGCAUAGGACUGUGACCAGCUAGAGACAUUCUAAUAGGUAAAACUGUUCUGUAGCUAUGGUUACACUCCUUGUUCUACACUGAAUGCAUCAAGCACUCAAAAUAGUGUUGCCCUACAUCUUCUAGAUAAGUCUCAGGAGUGCACAAGCGUACACAAGCAACUGUCUUUGAAAUACCCUGUAAAAUGUCUGGCAUGUGUUCAGAGUUUCAAGGGAAGGUUCCCUCAUUUUCUCUUGUCCCUCAGACUGGUGCAAAAUUGUCUUUAAGUUUGUUUGUUUUGUGGGAGGCUGUGCUGUACCAGUGCCCAGUAAUCAAGAAAGAAAUGAGUUGCCAGCCUAGCUUGUACAGAUGUGUUAACCAUUGGUUUUAACUGUCAAAAAAUGCAUUCAAGCUAUCCAGCUAGUCUGGUUUAUUCUCAGAAAGCUGUUAGAGAGGGAGAACAAUUAUCUAAGCUACUUCUCUUGAUGUGGUAUGGAGGGGGGGAUACAUACAGUAAUUCCCUGAUCCUAAAAGACUGCCACCAUUUCCUUUUUGCUUUUGUCUGUUCGAUACAGCAAACAUUCAGAACAUAUAGACCUGAAGAAAGCUAAAUAAGCAUCAGAAAAGAUUGUCACACACCAUGUAAACAAUAAUAAAAGUUGACCCCAUAUUAAAGGUGGGUGCUAAAGAUCUAAAGGUCCCAGGCUAUGAUCUGAAGGCACAUGAGGCCAGCUCCCUGCUGAAGCUAAGCAGGGUCAGGUCUGGUCAGUGCCUGGAUGGGAGACGGCCUGGGAACCAUAUGUAAGCCGCCUUGGGUUUCUAUCAUGGAAAGAAAGGUGGAGUAUAAAUGUAAUAAAGUUGGCUACCAGGCCUAAAAUGGGUGUUCCCUGGCACCCACAGGUGCAUUGCCUCCCCCCCCAAAAGGCUUGAAAGAAGCCUAUUCUUUACAAUUGUUUUCUUGCCAAUACUAAUUGCCUAGGGCAUGUGUCAGAAUUGCAAUGGGAAGAGUAGCAUCCCCACUUUCACUCCAGGCAGAUCACCUGGCCCCCAAUAAUCUUGGUAAAAAGUAAAAACACUUUCUAAGCCUAAUUGUUGGAGUGAGUAUGUGCAUGUGUUAUUCCUGCACAUGUGGUGUCCACAGAUUUCUCCAGUUGGCCAGUUAGCACAGGACCCAAAAGGUUAGUAAUCUCUGCUUAUAUGUUUGUUCACAAGUAAGCCCCACUAUUUUUCAGUAGGGCUUACUCCUAGGUUGAGAGUGCAUAGCAAUGGAGUCUGAGGGCCAUACUUCACCAAGAAAAGCGGCCUAAUAUUAAAUGCAGCAUACUGGCAGUGCCUACAUGUAUUCCCAACUCUAUUUUAAGAAUGGAAGUUGGAUUGCCCUCCAUUGAUGCUUGGGUGUGGUGUCUUAGAAUUAGUGCCUGGCUAAAGUUACUGUUUAGACCAAUGGGAUUGGCCCCUUCCAUACUACAAGGUAAUUUCCAUUCCCAAUGGGAAAAGAUGGUUAUUGAUAAAAUCUCUAAAUUGGGGUUUUCAAUUCCCUUUAUUCUAUCUAUGGGCUUUUUGAAAGCCAAAAAACAGAUUUUAGAGCGAAUUUACGACCUCGAUUUCCAACAGCAUUUGUUAUUAGUUAAAAAGCAUAGAUAUAAUGUUAAGCCAUGGGCUAUGCCGUAUUUAACUAAUCUAACUAUUCCAAAGUAUCGGAAGGCGUUACGUGGGCUAGGUUUAACUGUCUGCCUUCUGCUUUAUUGGAUGGCAGAUUUAAGAAAUUACCAUACAAUGAUAGAUUAUGCCCUUGUGGAGAUGGUGAGGUUGAGACUAUAUCACACGUUCUACUUCACUGUUCACUUUAUUGUGAGGCCAGGUGCAAGUUUAUUCUACCCCUACUUACUCGCUUACCUGACAGGAACAAAACCUGUUACGUGGACUAUUUGCUUGCGGAUCAUAACCCACAAGUAACUCAAUUGGUAGCUAAGUUCUGUGUGGCAGCUAUUGCCGCUAGAAAGUUAUUAAUUUCAACAAUG